GGUCUUUAGCACGUGUUGCAAUAAUAAUCCAAGAUGGCGGUGGAAAAACACAAACCUGGUCCACUUAAACAACAGAAUAAAACCCAUAAACACGGCAGACACAAGAGUAAAGGAACCAUGGACAAACAUAAUAAAGGCAGAGUAUCUGUCAAAGUUUUAUCGAAAAAAGGUGGCAAGCAAGGUAUAGGAAAGAUAAACAGGAGACAUCAGGCAAAGCAACUAAGAUCCAAKAAAAGAGAUGAAGUUCUUGAACAGAAAAGGAAGAUAGGAAAGCAAGGAAGUCCUCCUCAUAUCAUCGCUAUAGUUCCUCUAUCUUCUAGUGCUGAUGCACAGGCAGCUCUUAAGCUUUUUAUAGCAUGCGAUGAAGAGAAUUCUGUGUUUCCUUCAAGUAGUUCUACAACUAUCGUAUCUCCUCAGCUAAAGCAACGCUUUACAUUUUUGGCUUUAAGUUAUGGAGACUUGUACUCUGUCUUGGAUGCUAUGAAGGUUGCAGAUACUGUGGUCUUCAUAACAGCCGCUGAUAAUCCAUUAGAUUCACACACUGACAAUUACCUAUCAGCUAUAUUUGCGCAAGGACUACCAACAACCUUUCAUUGUAUACAGGGUUUAGAAAAAUGUCCAGCUAAAAAGAAAAAUGAGACUAAAAAGGCAAUUGCAAAGAUGAUAGAAAAGAGGUUCCUGAAAGACAAGCCACACCUCUUAGACACAGCACAGGAUGCKCUUGUUGCUCUAAGACUAAUAUCCAAUCAGCAUCAAAAAUCAAUUAGUUUCCGUGACAACUGUCCUCACCUUUUAGCCCACAACGUAACCUAUGAACCUAAUGGCAGCCYUGAAGAUGCAGAUAGAGGUACACUUAAGGUCACUGGGUAUGUCCGAGGAAAAACACUGUCUGCUAACAGAUUGGUUCAUUUGGCUGGCUUUGGAGACUUUCAGAUGAGUCAGAUUGAAGCUGUAACUGACCCAUUUUCUUCACAACGACAAAGAAAGAAUUCAAAGGCAGGACAGUUUUCAAUGGCUGUGGAUGAAGAGUAUGGUGYAAGUGCUAUGGAAGAAGAUGUGAGAAUCAUAGACAAAGCAAAUCCUGGUUUACAAGAGAGUCUGCAGUCUGAAGUAGAACCUGAUCCAAUGGAGGGGGAACAAACUUGGCCGACAGAGGAUGAGUUACUAGAAGCUGAAGAGCUGGCAAAGAAGCAGUUGGAUUCCAAGAAGAUUAGUAAACGAGUGCCGAAAGGCACCUCUGAUUACCAGGCCACUUGGAUUAUGGAUGAUAAUGAUGAUGAUGACGGUGAUGAUGAUGAUGAUGACGGUGAUGAUGAUGAUGAUGACGGUGAUGAUAAUCAAGAGACCGAUGAUGAUGAUGAUGAAUAUAUCAGUGCUAUCAAAGAAGAAAGUGAUGGUGACGAGAGCAUGAAAAUGGAAGAUGAUGAAGAAUAUGAAACGAUUAGCGUGUCAGAACAGGAAACAGAUAAUAGUAAAUACGACGAGGCUAUUGACGCCGACGAGGAACGCCUGCAGUUAGAGAAAAUCAGAGCAGAGCAUGAGAACGAAAUGUUCCCGGAUGAGAUGGACACGCCCAUGAAUGUCCCAGCACGUACUAGAUUUCAGAAGUAUCGUGGGCUCAAGAGUUUUCGUACUUCUCCGUGGGAUCCCAAGGAAAAUCUACCUCAAGAUUAUUCAAGGAUAUUUCAGUUCCAGAGCUUCAACAGGACAAGAAAGCGCGUCAUGGRUGAAGAUGUAGUCGAGGGAGCCGAGGAAGGGUGGUACGUGACUAUUCACAUCAUAAACGUCCCCAAAGCCUUCAUGGAUUCUUAUGAUGCGAGUAAACCCUUGGUAGUGUUUGGGCUCCUGCCUCACGAACAAAAGAUGUCUGUGAUCCACUUUGUAAUCAAAAGAAUUCCUACCAAUACAGAUGCCGUCAAGUCGAAAUAUGCACCCAUAAUGUUCUCUCCGUGUCCUGUACUAGUGUUAACACCAGAUCCAACAGGGACACAUUCACUGCUAGGCAGUGGGUCCCUUUACAAAGUUGACCCUGACAGAAUUAUAGCCAAGAAGAUUGUGCUCAGUGGAUAUCCGUAUAAAAUCAAUAAACGCUCGGCUGUUAUUCGGUAUAUGUUCUUUAACCGAGAGGAUAUCUUAUGGUUUAAACCAGUCGAACUGUUCACCAAGUACGGCCGUCGAGGACAUAUCAAAGAACCUUUAGGCACUCAUGGUCAUAUGAAAUGUGUUGUGGACGGCACACUCAAAGCGCAAGACACAUUCUGCAUGAAUCUCUACAAAAGAGUCUUCCCUAAAUGGUCAUACGAGACCACGGUGCCCUUGCCAGCCAUCCAGCAGACUCACGAUCCUGUCGCUAUGGAUACAUAGAAGAUAUCCAACAAAACAAGUUAAAAACUUAACAAACACUACAAUCGUAACCCUAAGGAGAUAAUACCUCCUAGGAAAUGAAUUUUAUUAUUUCUUUCAGUUUUGAAUCUAAAAUAAAUCUUACCGAAACGAUAUA